CGCAGACGCAUGCGCAGUUCAUUUAACAGUUUUGGUUACACGAGUUUGUGUUCUCUACGCGGCUCUGUUUUGGCACCACCAUCAUAAUUAGCGUUUUUUUUUGAUACAUUGACACAGACCGAUCAGCGUACCGGAUACAACGACCUACAGGUUUGCGAAUAAAAUCAAGCUCUUGUAAUCCUAUGUCCAUCGGAAGUUAAUGGUGGCGUAGCUCAGCUCUGCUACGUGCUAAUGUUAUGGGACUGUACUACUGCAGGAUUUAGUGAUUGACAGACCGUUUAAAGCGCUACGUUAUAAAAUAAGUAAGGUUGGAUGUGAAAUGGCUCGAUUUUUGGUCCUUAUUGAUUAAUUUGCCUUUUAUUAAUUAAAAGGAAACGAGGAAGCGAGCUGCACUGCUCCGGCCCGAAGGAUCGCGAGCUGCGCAGCGUGUCUCUGGUCACGUCACGCACGUCUUCAGUGACCGACACUUAAUAUAUCAUGGGGACCUGAAGAUAUUUUCGCUUAAUAAUAACACUGUUAACCUAACCCAAAUUUGUCGAUUUGGUCUUGAAAAUGUCUGGAUUUACGGAUCUCCGGGAAAAGCUGAAGUCGAUGACACCUCACAGGGACAAUUCCAAAAAAGUUUUCUCGCACAGCAACGGCGAGAAGCGCAAAUACCGCUGGUCGGACGACGACGAGAGCGAUUACGAGGAACGUCGGGACGCGGAGGCACGCAAAGUUAAGAGCAGCAUAAAGCAGGCGAGUAUCUUCACGUCGGAGGAAUGCGCGCUCAUCGAGGCUAAGAUCGACGAAGUGGUUGCCAAGGCAGACAAGGGGCUCUACCGGGAGCACACAGUGGACCGGGCGCCCCUGCGGAACAAAUACUUCUUCGGCGAGGGCUACACGUACGGCUCCCAGUUGGAGAAGCGCGGCCCCGGGCAGGAGCGCUUGUACUCCAAAGGCGAGGUGGACGAGAUCCCGGACUGGGUGCACGAGAUGGUGAUCGAUAAGUUGAUCGCGAACGGCGUGAUACCGGAGGGCUUUGUCAACAGCGCGGUGAUCAACGACUACCAGCCCGGGGGUUGCAUCGUGUCCCACGUGGAUCCCAUUCAUAUCUUUGAACGGCCGAUCGUUUCCGUGUCGUUCUUCAGCGAUAGCGCGCUCUGCUUCGGAUGCAAGUUCCACUUCAAGCCCAUCCGCGUGUCCGAGCCCGUGCUACACCUACCUGUGCGGCGCGGGAGCGUCACUGUCCUCAGUGGCUAUGCGGCUGAUGAAAUCACACACUGCAUCCGCCCGCAGGACAUUAAAGAAAGAAGAGCUGUGAUCAUACUGAGAAAAACGAGACCGGAUGCCCCACGCGUAGACUCAAAUUCACAGAGCACACCCUUAGAGAGACGGCACAUCCUCAAAGCCAGACGCUCACAUCGCAAGGCCGACCCGGACGCUGCGCACAGGCCUCGUGUACUAGAGAUGGACAAAGAACUGCAGAGGCGUUCGCUGCCCUCACGUCAGAGACGUCACAGCGACGGUAGUUCAGAGAACUCCUUGAGAAGAGUCGAGGAGAGAGAGCCGAGCUCACGUUACUCACAUGACCACGCCCCUGCACGACGAGUCAAGAUGAGACGUCACUGACACGUUCAUUGCCCGAACUCGGGCGACUUUAAUCGCGCUUAAGGGGAGAUUUUUCCCCUUUGUGAGAGACAUUGUGCGGAGACCAUAUGAUGUUAUGCUUUACUUAUUAUUAAGAGGCUUGAUCUAUCUAUUUAGACAUAUCAAAACAUGUUACUUUAAGAUUGAGUGUAUUUUGUUGUGUGUAAAUGUUUGGAAUAAAGAAACAUUUAAACCAAUUACCAAUAAAAUCCCAUUUAAGUUUAUAUGCAAAAUCAAAUAAUUGGUUACAGUAGGUCGUAUGGAUAACAGUGUUAAACAAUAAUAUGUUUUUUUUGUCUUACAGGUAGAUUUUUGAGAGAAUGUUUGCGUUAAAUAAGUAUGAGGGAAAAUGUAAGCUUUGAGAAACACACAAGUUCAAUACUUUAGUAGUUGUGUGGUUCUUUACAUCAGCCAUUUUCAAUCGCUAAUGUUGACAAAUCUUAAAUGGCACGCAGUUGAAAGCAAAAAAUUAAAUAAAAUGUUUAGUUAAAUCACAUUGCGUAAUGUGUAUGUUAAAUUGCAUACAGUGGCUCGCUGCAUGUGUGCGGAGUGUAUGGUGGAUGUUUCACUAAAAUCUUAAAAAGAUUUUGAAAUGCAUGAUAAGCACAGUGUUUUUAACUAAAUGGCACAGUUAUGCAACUCUUUCAGCUGAAGGAUCUUUUUCUUUAUGUUAACAGCAACUUUACGCCAUGGUUUUUUAGGAUAACUAGUUGCAAUUUUUAUUUGAUAUUAGCCUGUAAUUGCCCUUUGCCAUUACGUGAAGGGUAAAUAACUGGUGUUCUUAUUGAUAUCCAUGCUGAUCCGUCCCUUUAUUUCGAAAGUAAGGAGUUGUUUUUUUUCUCGCAAACAUGGCAGCUGUCAUUCAGAACUUGUAAAAGGCCACCAUGAUGACAUUUUAUUUAUUUUUAUUUUUUAUGUAGUAGCCUAUACGGUUUGUUUUUGAGGUGGAUGGAAAUGAAAAAAAUUUUUUCGAGUCAAAUAAAAAUAAAAUAAAAUUUGAGUUUCGAGGUGGUAAAAGGUUAACAGGUAAAUUAAAACUUCAUGUCAUUGUACUUUGUAUUGCAUAGAUUGAGAGUAGACUUUGUUGAAAAGAAGAUUGAAUAAAAUAUUGAAAGAUUUAUGUUCCGUGUUUUCGAUCAGGGUUAAGAAAGUUUAUUGUUGUGGUGUUUUGUAACAACCUUUAAAUGCCAAAUCUCAAUUCUCCGCAAAACUGACUGUUAAUGUUUAUUUCACUUGAGUGAACUUUUGAGAAAUGUACUUUUUCCAGUUGUUUUGUAAAUACUAUAAAAAUCAUUAAAUGAUCACCCUAUAGUUCAUUUAAGGAACAUCA